CGGCAUGCCUCUCUCCUGCGACGCCCGAAGCGUCCAUACACCUUCACCCAGAUGAUCACUCUCUCCGACGGCAGCACCUUCAUGCACCGAACUACGUCCCCGCAACCGAUAUAUAAAACUACUCGCGACACUAAGAACUCCAUCAUGUGGAACCCGAGCAGUCAGAAGCUACUCAAUGUGGAAGAAGAUGAGGCAGGACGACUGAAGCGUUUUCGGAAACGGUUCGGGAGAGGAUUCGAUAUUGAGGGUGCCGAUGAGGCGGAGGAGGUAAACGGCGCUGCUGUUACUGAAACAUCACAGCACGAUGAGAGCCUGCUUGAUUUGAUUGCAGGCUAUGGCCAGGAGACGGAAAAG